UGAAUGGUAUAAAAAGCGGCGAGUGUGCGGCAUCUGCUGCAGCUUUACGUCUCACAUGUUCUGCAAAGAGUAAGCGUAAGAAGAAGAAGAAGAAGAAGAAGAAUCAGCGGAACAAAAGCGGAAUGACCGAGUGAGACCGUCAGUCAGCAGCAGCAGCAGAACACGGUGUAUGUCAGUUUAAAAGUGCUCGCAGCGAUUCACCGCCAUUUUACCUUAAAAUGGAGCUUCAUGACAAAGACAGAGAGAUUCUGCCUGUUGUGAUUAUUGGUAACGGCCCCUCUGGGAUCUGUCUGUCGUACCUGUUGUCAGGUUACACCCCCUACCUGUCACCUGGAGCAUCGCACCCCAACCCCCUGCUGCACAGCAAGCUGGUGGAGCAGCCUCACCUGUCACUGCUGGAGCAGGAUCUGGAGUACCUGUGUGAGGGUCUGGAGGGCCGAUCGUCCAAUCCCGUGGCCGUGCUCUUCGACUCGCUGCUGCUCCCCGACAGUGACUUCGGACUGGACCACACGUCGCCGCUGGAAUGGCGCUACGAGCCGGAGCGCGCCAUCUCACACCUGGUGCUGGGGAAGGGUUCACCUGGAGGAGCCUGGCAUGCCAUGGAGGGCUCCAUGCUAACGCUGAGCCUGGCUAACUGGAUGGAGCUUCCUGGACUCAAACUGAAGGACUGGAUGAAAGACAAACGCAGAAAUGUGCGUAAUGACCGCGCCACACCAGCAGAGAUCGCCUCUUAUUACCAACACUACGUUUCGCAGAUGUCGCUCGAGCAGAACUUUGCCUGUGGAACCACCGUCACCGCGGUAACCAGGCAGCCCGGCGACCAGGACGGGUCGCCGCCCUGCUGGAGAGUGACGGGGCUGCAGCGCAGAGAGGGGGAGGAGCUGGGAGACGGCUCGGCUGUCUCGGAGGAGGAGCCGUUCUCGCUGUUGGCCCACAACGUGGUUUUGGCGACGGGGACGCACGACAUCCCCGCCAGGCUCGGCGUGGAGGGCGAGUCCCUGCGUUUCGUCUGCCACUCCUUCUGGGAGCUGGAGGCGGCCAUUGCCCGCGGCGAGCUCGACCAGUCCUCGGACCCGGUGCUGGUGGUGGGGGCGGGGCUCACGGCGGCCGACGCGGUGCUGGCCGCUCAUCACCUCAACACGCCCAUCUACCACGCCUUCAGGCGCUCUGUCGCCGACCCGGGACUCAUCUUCAACCAGCUGCCAAAGCUGCUCUACCCCGAGUAUCACAAGGUUCACCAGAUGAUGACUCGGCAGCAGCACCAACCGACCCCUCCCCCUCAGGAGCAGUCACAGAACGUGGACCGCCUCUCCACCGCGUCGUCCCGCUCCUCCUACACGGGCUAUCUGAGCUUCCCGUGUCACAGGGUUGUCGCGUUCCGGCCGAAUGGGAAGUGCGUUCUGGAGUCGGACUCCGGGCAGCAGACGGUGGUCCAGGUCUCCAAGGCGCUGGUCCUCAUCGGCGCUCACCCCAACCUCGCCUUCCUGGAGGACAACGGGCGUCGGCUCGGCGUGGACCCCAGCGAGCCGAUCACGUGCCGGCGGAACCCGAUUGAGGUCGACCCGUUCACGAACAAGGUGGCAGCGGCAGACGGGCCGGGUCUGUACGCCAUGGGCCCGCUAGUCGGCGAGAACUUUGUGAGAUUCCUGAAGGGCGGAGCCCUGGCAAUCGCAAGCGACCUCGCCAAAAGACAAAGAGAGGGGUGGACGGACGGAGACAAACGGAGGAACUCAAAGAUCUGCGAUCUAGACUCGUAGCAGUUCUUAUUUCAUUUUAUUUUUUAUUUAUUUUUAAGUGGAAGCAAAUAGAAAAGUCCAGAGGUCCUGAAGAAAAGUGCUGAGUCGCCGCAGGACGAGCUACUGGACUCGCGGCGUCUUCCCGAUCUUACUGUAAACCCACAGUGGAUUUAUUAUUUUUUUUAUAUAUACUAUGGUGUUAAAUUGUAAAUGUAAAAAGUGAAACAACUUGACGUUCAGUGUAAGAAACGAUAACAGGCGCCCCCUUGUGACGCGUCACAGUAAAACACGCUGCACUCACA